AGUUGACAAAGCACGUCGUGUUUGUCUAUGAACAUCAAAACAAAGAUUAAUGUAAAUAGUGCUUGAAAUUGCAAAAGGCGCAAUAUGCCUGACUUAUUCGGUAUAACAGACACAAUUAAAAGAAAAACGUGUGCAUAUUUAAUACAGAGAUACAUUGGACAUCUUUUUGAAGAAAAAGUUACUUCUGAGCAACUGAAGGUUGAUUUGAUCAGUGGCACUGGAUUAUUGCAGAAAAUAAGUUUGGACGUUCAGGCACUAAAUGAACUGGGCGAAAAACAAAACUGGCCAAUAGAAUUCGUCGACGGCUACAUAGAAACCCUCCACAUUUCCAUACCAUGGAGAACGAUAUUUUCCGACAAAACGCACGUCUUGAUAGACAGCUUAAAAUUGACCAUACAGCCAAAACAAAGAAGCGAAAAUGCUACUUCCAUGUUUGAAUCCAUGUGGAAUUCCAUGACCAGUUCCAUACAUUUAGCUGAAGAGUGUGCCAAGCAAGAUGAGCCAGUUUAUAGCUCGUCGCCUUAUGAAGGGCUUGAUGCUUUUGCCACAGCCAUUGACUCAAUAUUAUCAAAAGUAAACGUAAAAUUCAAAAAUACCGUUAUUCAAAUGGAACACCUUCCACAAAACAGCUCGACAGGCGUGGGAAUUGUGAUACACUUCGACGAGGUGGAAUACUCGGACGAGUCGGCGAACGACCCGCCGUGCGACGAAGCCACAGACCUGACCAAUCAGGACAAAACAAAGUCCUACCUCGUAAAUUCCUACACAACAAAAAGGUUUUCAAUUAACAAGGUUUCGUUUUCCACAGUAGAAUUUUCUCGCACACACAGAACUUUCUCGCCCUCUAUGAUGUCGCAAUCGCAAUUCGACGAGCCGAUGGCGGCGCCGAGAAACGAAAUUUUGUUUGGACAACUUUCCAGCAAGCAAGAGAUAAGAGUAAGGUUAAAACAGUCAGAAAUACUGAAUGGCCCCAAAGUUUCAAUUGAAAUGAACUUAGGUCCCUUACUAUUAUUUUUAUCUCCCAGACAAGUUCAUGUCUUGAUUGAGCUGGCCAAUGGUAUGUCAAGUCCUGAUUUGGAAGACACAAGCAAUGUUGCUCCAAAAACAAAGUGUGUUCAAAAACCCAUGACAGGGUCGGAUUUUCAACGAAUAGAGCAGGAGUUACAGCAAACUAUUUUUACCAAUGCAAAUUCUAAAAUUACUGGUCUACAAGGUGCCCAAGGCUGGUCUACAGCGCCUUUAGACGAAAGUGACACAGAAGAAAACUUCUUGCCAAUAAAAAACGCGACCGGAAUGUGCGGGAGCACAUUUUCCGGACACAGCAGCAGUAUGGAGUCAAGUUUGACGUCCAGCAUGGCCAGUUCCAUGACGGAAAACACUCAUAGAACCAGAAAAAGAAUGUCCAACAUAGACACGGAUCCCAGGACGGAGAUAUCGCACUUCCAAAUAAGACUGGUCUCGAUGGCUUUAGUGCUGGUGCACGAGGACGUCUUGAUCCAGUCAUCGGGCAACGAGGUCCUGGUGCAAUCGAGCGUGAAGCAAAUGCAGAAAAUAUCCGCAGACUUCUUCGAGGCCGCGUGCGACGUGAUUUUGUCGGCUUACGGCGCAGCGCACUUUCAGGACGCCGAGAACGUUCUCGACCGCGCAUGCUCGGUGAAUCACUUGAGGUUGCUGGCGGUGCCAGUGCAGGUCGAGUUCGACGAGAAGACGAACUUGUCCGCUUUCUCCAUCGGCGGGCAUUUGACGGCGGCCAAGUUCGAGUUCGAGGAGUGCAUUUGCGAUUCGGGCAGGAAUCCCGUUCAGCACGUAAAGCUGUUGACGUUCAAAAACGCGCCUGCCGGUGGUAAUGUUAACGCUGCCAAGCCCGACCUGACUUUGAAUUUCAAGCAUGUCGAUAAGACGUCCAAGAAUGGGCUCAAUGUUAGAAAGAAUGGGAGCAGAACGGAUGUAAAUAUACAGCUACAAAACUGCUUAGUAGAAUUGGACUUUACCAUAGUAGAUCGAAUAAAUGCUUUAAUAAACUCGCCACCCAUAUGUGUAAUAGAAAACUCAACAUCUAACCUAUGGAAUACCCCUUUAACCAACGAAGUCCUAUCCAAUAGUACUGUUGACUCGAAAGUGGAUGUCAAAAUUGCUUGCGACUCAAUAUCUGUAAUACUAAGGUUUCCUAUUACAGACUUUAGACCUCUCAACAAUCUAAACAGGAUAGAGUGGUGGAAACGGAACGUGAGGUCCGAUUAUUUGGUUCUCAAUCUUUUGGAGGCCUCGUUUCAAACGACGGUUUUGAGUGGCCAGCAGUUUCAGGAGUACGAAGUGUCGUGCCAAGGUUUGAACAUUUCCUACCACGAAUCGGAAGGAAGUCCGGCAGUGCACGUGGCCAAAAGCGGAAGCGAAGACGGCGGUCAUUCUAUGUUGCCGGAUGAACUGCAGAAGUCAAGAUUAUCAAUUAAAUUCUUCCCGACUAAAAAAUGCGAUUUGGACGACCUAUCCAAUAAACCUGAAGACAUUUCCACUCACUCAAUGUGUUCAUUUUUCGUUAACCCAAACAAGUUAACGGCGCCGUUUUCUUCUGUUAAAGUUGUACAUGAAAGUGAUACUCCACAUUCUAGAAACAAAGCUUUUACAGACGACCCGGACGAGUUGGUAAUUCCGGGCGACAAAGAAGAAAUCGACGAGUUCAUCAAAAACGCCAGCGACUGUACACAAAUAAUGGUGGAUAUUUUUCUGCCGACCGUAUCUAUGCAACUGAUUGAUAAGCACACGUACGAACUGAUCUACAACAGAAUCAAUAAUGAUUUGCUGAUGUGGAAACCGAGCGCCCCUAAACCGAAAACCUACGAAAAGUCGGUGUAUGCGCCUGUUAGUACCACGAUAUUUGAGGGGCAGGAGGUUUUCUCGAUGUGCAAGAGUGGCAUACAGUAUGAUUCAGACAGUGACUCAAACGCUUCAGACGAGCCACCAAACAUAUUUUACUCUACUUACGAUUCGAGGAUGAAAUCCUCGAUAAAACCGCACGGGUUGGUGCAACAGCCGCCGAAAAGUCAAAACGCAUUUGCGUUAAACUUGCAGAUUGGACAAGGUUUGGUGUUUAUGCACACGCCGGUAAGAGACGCGUCCUCCAAGGUGAUACCGAAUCAGCACGGUGAAUUUUUGCUGAACGUCGAAAACGCUAAAGUUUUCGUCGUUAGCGGUUACAAUGGGGACGACAAUUUAGGUUACGUUUGUGUACAAGUACACAAUGCCAAACUGCAUCACUGUGAUAUGAUUUCCACUGCCAGCUCCAAUCCGCCCAUAAAAGACAUCGGAACGAUACCGGGGCGCCAUCUGCACCCCACUAUCUACAAAUCCGACGUCGGAAUGUCUGUCGACAAUAACAACAGGGGCGGCAACCGCGAAAUGUUGAGCGUGGCCGUGAAAAUACAAGCUUCUCAUGAAACACAUCAUGUAAAGACAAUUUUAGUUGCAAUAGGACUCAACAAAGCCACACUGAAUCACAAAAUGUGCAACGAACCCAACAGCUUUAUAUCUCACAUAAUCGACUUCUUUAACGUCCAUGAUUACCCAAUACCUGGGUACGUGUCCAAGGACGUGCUAACCGAAUUUCACCUGCACCUUUGGGACUGCGCCAUCGACUACAGGCCCUUGAACAUACCCUACAGAGCGGCGGUGGCGGUGGGUAACUUUACCAUAUCGUCGCAUCUUUCCGCGGCCGCGAACACUUCCACUUUGAUUUUUAUCGCCGAAGAGUGCGGUUUGUUUAUCAGCGAGAAGCAUCCGCCUAGAGGCGGGGUUCCUUCAACCGUACCCGUGGAUUUAAGAAGGGACUAUGUGAAUGUCGUGGAGGUUGGAUUAUUCGAUUUAAGCCUCAAAACGAGUGACAAGAAAAUGACUGUAAACCCUCACUUCGAUCUCCGCGCGUCAAACAACAAAGUCAACAUAAAGACGUGCGCAGACAGCGGCAAAGCGCUGAUGCAACUGAUCACUUACUACGCGAGCAACGGAGAUCUAGGCAACUGCGAAGAGGCCUCGGAAACGUCGAGCGCCAUUUCCAGCCCGCGGCACGCGGUCGACCAGGAACUGGUCAGCUUGGAUCCGCAGCAACAAAUCAGCAACUUGUCCGUCAGUCAGCACCAUAAUGUCAAGGAGUUGAUUGGAGAUGCCUUGAGGGAGGCGGAACCCAUCGAAGAAGGCACCGAAGUGUUUAUAAACAGCGGCGCCAAACUCUUCUACUUUCCGGACGAAAAGCAACUAACGGAACUGUCGGCCGGCAAGCCGCUGGCGCAGGUGACCGCCGAGCUGGGCGACGUCGCGCACCGCUCGAACAAAAGCAGCGACACCGACGACGACUUCUGCAUAAUCGGCAACGAGGCCGGCCUGGGCAUCUUCCCGCGCAACGGCCAGCCGGAGAUCAAGUGGCUGACCGGCGAGCCGGUGCGCGUGAUCGAGCGCCACUUCGACCUGCCCACCGGCAAGACGGACCUGCUGAAGCCGCCCAAGCACUUUCCGGUGCCGGUCGAGCGGUACACCUUGUGCGAGAUGACCGUCGUGUGGAACAUGUACGGCGGCAGCGAUUUCGGCGGCGCCGGCGGCGCGGUCAAGAGGAAGACGGUUAAUUUUUCCGACGCUAGCCGGCAAACGGUGCAGUUUAGCAAUAAUACGAAGGGAGAGGUGUCUAUUGUUACUGAGCACAAGGAGAAGAGUAGCAAGAAAAAAUUGACGUGGAUUGACAAGGGUGGUUUGAAUAGGGAUCACAGCGUUAGGAUGGAGUUGCAACUGAGUAAGGUGAGAUUUCAACACGAAGUGUACCCAGAACACGCCAAACAAGCAUCCAGACAGGUCCUCAUAAUCUCAGACAUUGAAGUCAGAGAUCGGCUGGAAUCGAGCCGUAUUAAUAAGUUUUUAUACCAAUAUACUAGUCAGGCUAAGCCAAAACAAUCACACGCUCACAUGCUUGUUAUAAAGGCGGUACACGAAAGACAAGACCAACAUGUAAAUUCGCAAGAGUGCUGUUUAAAAAUUUCACUGUUACCUUUGAGACUGAAUAUUGAUCAAGAUUCCUUGCUGUUCUUGAUUAAUUUCUUUACCGAACUGGCUGUAGGGGAUUCACCCAAACAAGAAGUGGCACAGUCCAAACAUAACACACCAACUCACCAACCACCUGUUAUGAUGGUCAACGAGGCGAACAAGGAGGAAGUUCAUCAACAUUUGGAUAAAAUUAUGAGCGAAAAUUUCCUGAUUCAACUCGAAGAACAAGAUGAUAUUAUGGAAUCGGACGAAAAUUUGCCUGAAAGCGUUUUGUGUACCGACGAUUUUUCGCCAGUGUACUUUAGAAAAGUGACAUUUUCGCCUGACGUGCCCAUCCAACUCGACUACCACGGUAAGUUCGUCGACAUGUCGAAAGGCCCUCUGGCGGGAAUCCUGAUGGGCCUCGGCCAACUGAACAAAUCCGAGCUAAGGUUGAAGCGGAUCGACUACCGGCACGGCCUGCUCGGCAUCGACAAGCUCGUCGCGCACCUGCUGCAAGAAUGGUUGAACGAGAUCAAGAAAAAUCAAGUGCCCAGCCUGCUACGCGGUGUCGGGCCUAUGCAUUCUGUCGUCCAGCUGUUUCAAGGUAUCAGAGAUUUGUUCUGGUUGCCAAUCGAGCAAUACCAAAAAGACGGACGAAUUGUCCGCGGGCUUCAAAGAGGUGCUAAUAGCUUUACCACUUCCACUGCUAUGGCUGCUUUAGAGCUAACCUCUAGGAUUAUCCAUUUGAUUCAGCUUACCGCCGAAACUGCCUAUGAUAUGCUUUCGCCUGGACCUAGUGUCAGAAGGAUUCACAAUAAACAAAAAGGACGUAAAAAGCGUUUUAAUCAACCUCAGGACAUUAGAGAGGGCAUGACAAAUGCCUAUCAUUUGGUUAAAGAGGGUAUUGGUGAGACGGCCGACAACAUAGUGCAAGUAGCUUCCCACGAGCAUGAACAAAAAGGUUACAGUGGUGCCGUCGGCGGGGUGCUUCGCCAAAUUCCCCCGACAAUUUUAAAACCGAUCAUUCUCGCCUCGGAGGCUACCAGCAACCUGAUAGAUGGCGCGCGCAGCCAAUUGGAGCCGGACGCGCGCCGAGAGGCCAAUCAAAAAUGGAGAACCAACGAAGGAUAAUAAUAUUUUUAAUAUGUGAUAAACUGACUGCGGUUUUGUGAUUCGUUUUUUAAAUUUAUAAGUUUUAUAAAUAAGAAAUACUGUAAUAUAACUAUUAUUGGAGAUUUUGUAUUUAUUUAAUCGGUUUUAAUAAUUGAUGUUCCAAUAAAU